CAGGUAUCAGCAUUUCAUAAUUUCACGUCCAGUACUUCAGUUCACUUCCACGCUUUGGCUUGUGUGGUGUGUGUCAUUUGACUUUCUGAGUUUUUAUUUUGUUACAAUGAAGCCUAUUUUGUAUUACGAUGUACGUAGUCCUCCAGUGCGAAGUGUUCAGAUGCUCAUCAAAAUGUUGGAUAUUGACACGGAGCUAAAGUCAGUCGAUUUGUUCAAAAGAGAACAGCUCCAAACUGAAUUUUUGGAGAUUAAUCCCGCUCACACUGUUCCUGUCUUAGUCGAUUGUGAUUUAACUCUGACCGACAGUCAUUUGAUUCUAAUUCACUUGUGUGAAAAAUUCCAAGGAGAAAAUUUCGAAUUUUGGCCUCUGGAAUACAAAGAUCGUAUGAAAGUUAUGAAUUUGUUAAUGUUUUCAAACUCGAUAAUAUUUCGAAGGGACAGCGAUCUGAUGUCGGAUAUAGUCCGCAAGACAUUUGCCAACAUUGAUCAUAGCUUUCAUGAGAAAAAAUGCUACGAAACCUACGGCAUGGUGGAAAAAUAUUUAAGCCGCAAUAAGUUUCUUGCCUCUGAUAAGAUGACAAUCGCUGAUCUAUCUGCUGUUACCCCUUUGAGCACAAUGGAUCUCAUAUUUCCCAUAGGUACUGUAAAAACGACAAAGUGGCCUUUAUUGGCGCAAUGGAUGAAGAGCAUGCAAGCAUUGCCCGAAUAUCAAAUUAAUCAACAGGGAUUGGAUGUGUUUCGUGGUAUACUGGAAGUAUAUGGAAAAUUUAAAUGUCCCACACGAGAAGGGAGUGAAGAUUAAAAUAAAUGUGCAUUUAAAACCCAGGAUUUUUUACAAUAAAUAAAGUGUUAAAUGAAUAUAAA